CUCGAUACACCACCUCCUCCCUUCCUUCUAUGCCAUCUCUCCUCUGCACCAGACACCAUCCAUACCUCAGUCAUGUUCCACCAAGGUGACCUCCAGAGUGGUAUUGGCCGAGCGCUGCAGGAGCAGAAACUCGUGGCAUGUUUCGUCCGAUCUGACAACGACGAGAGCCGGAUCUGGGAAGAGCAAUGGCUGGAGAAUGGAAGUGGGAGUGGGAGUGGGAGUGGGAGUGGGAGUGGUAUAGCUGCCCUGCAUCGGCGAGCAGUCUUGUUAAAGCUGGAUUAUGGCAGUACAGAGGCUGCCUUCCUUGCCGCCUUCUGCCCCAUCACGACUAGUCCAACACUGGUGGUGAUAGACAAAGGCCGAGUGCUCGACAAGAUUGAAGGUGGUGUGAGUUGUGACGAAUUCACUGCUCGCAUUCACACGGCUUGUGCGAGUCUGAACGAAGAGACAGCAGGCGAGAGUGGUGUAGCCGCGAGUGCUAGCACCGGCGCAGCAGAGCCUAUGGAGUCGCAGCCUCCCACCGCAGUAACGACAGACACUCAAGAGCCUGAACACUCCAGCUCAGCACAAUCUACCAUACCAUCUACGCAGACGGAACCGCCCAUAUCAAGCUCAUCAGACAGCAGCAAUGCCACACUAUCGACGCCCAACCCUGAUAUGUCUGCUCUCUUUCCAGAUCGCGCUCAACGUCACCAAGUAGAGGCCGAUAGACGGGCGGCCGCAGAGAAAGCGGAACGCACAGCUCGUGCCAACGCGCGGAAGAGAGAGGAAGCACAAGCUCUGGCUCGCGACAAAGGGAAAGGUAGAGCAGUCGAAGAAACCGAGAAAGAGAAAUCCCGACGAGACUGGCUUGCCCAGCAGAAGAUCCGCAAAGAUGAAGCCAAGAAAGAUCGAGAACGAAUUCUCGCGCAAAUUGAAGCCGAUAAGCAAGAACGCAGGGCGCGCUCUCAACGUGCAGCUGCGGAGACGCUCUCUGAAUCUCGCCUUCCAAUAUCAGUAGACGCGGCGAGCAAGCGUCGCAUGGGCGCCGGUGGGAUGUGUAGCCUUCAGGUCAGACUAUUCGAUGGCACUUCCAUCAAAGGACGCUUUGAACCUUCUGCUACACUCGACAACAAUGUGCGCAGUUGGAUCAAGACAACCACUGCGGAUCAGGGCAAUGUCAACGCUGCAGAUGUGCCUUUCACAUUCAAACAGAUCGUUGCUCCACAGCCGAGCCGAAGUAUAGAAGUCAGUGAGGAACAUCAAACGCUUGCGGAUCUGGGCUUGACACCGAAUGCGAAUUUGGUCCUAGUACCUGUCGCGGGCUACACCGAAGCAUACUCUGGCAAUGCUGGUCGAGGUUACAUGAGUAGCGCUUUACACUUGACCUAUGCUCUCGCAAAUGGCGCGUCAAAUGUUCUUGGUUCUGCCCUUUCUUAUGUGCCUGGGUUGUCUGGGCCUACUGCUGCAGACCCCACGGCGUCCUCGACUAGAUAUUCGGGCAGCGCCUCGGAGGACGAAGGUGUCCCUACAAACCUGGAUGGGUCUGCAGAAUCGAUUGGUUCUGCGAAAACCAAGGUGAAGACUUUGGCAGACCAGAGGGCAGAGGCCAAGAGAAUGAAUGACCAAAACCCAGAAUUCUAUAACGGCAACAGCUCUGCCUUCGAGGGCAGAAAAGACGAUGGUGACGAUAGUAGGUAGCCAGGCGGCACGGUCAUCCCAGCAAGAUUUGCGAGGUAUAGAUGCCCUUUGUUUGAGCCUUGGCCAUGGAUCUUAGCUGUCUUUGCGUUGCCGUAUUUCGUUCGGCUUCUCCAUAAAGUAUGAGCUGCGCGUGAGGAAGCAUGCCUCGCUCAAUGUUGGCCCUGA